CAUCCCAGUGAGCCCAGACCCAGACAGAGAAGGAAGAAGAAUGGCUGCAAGGUUACUGCUCCGCUCGGCUUUCAGAGCCUCCUCAGCCUGCAGGGCCCCGGUGUCUGCCCCGGUGUCUGCCUUGGUGUCUGCCCCGAGCCGCGGCAUGGCUGCUGGAGGAGGGAUUCCCACCGACGAGGAACAAGCUACAGGAAUGGAGAGGAUCAUCAUGAAGGCCAUGAAGGAGGGAACGGAUCCCUACAGCAUGCUGAAGCCAAAGGAGUACACAGGCUCCAAGGCAGACCCUCACCUGGUUCCCUCCAUCACCAACAAGAGGCUGGUGGGAUGCGUCUGUGAAGAAGACAACACAGCCGUGGUUUGGUUCUGGAUUCAUGAGGGCGAGGCCCAUCGCUGCCCGUCCUGUGGCUCCCACUACAAACUGGUGGCCCACGAGCUCCCCCACUAACUCCUCCAUCACUCACUUAUUCCAGAUGUCUGUCACAGCGCUGUGUGUCUGCUCUCUGUCAGCUUCUCCAUGACAUAUUCCUCCAGAACCUGGUUCUGUUUUUUUCAGUACUUGAUCUACCUGCUGACCUCAUCAGUCUUUGCUUUACACAACCUGUUGGUUUCAUUUUCAGAGGGAACAGAUGUGGUUUGGGACACAACAGUUUAAACAUUUCCAUUUAUCUGCAGUUUACAUUAAAGUAUGUACUGUGCAAUGUUACAUUAGGUUCAUUUACUCCUCUUACUGAAACAAUAAAGUCUUCAACUGAAA